AGCACCUUUAUAGAUAUGUGGACGUGUCUCCUUCCAGCCUCCAGGGCCGGCCAGAGUCACGGCUUCAGCCUGGACAGCGAGGAGAGGGAGGGGGAGGAGCCAGCGGCCAAGGUGAAGCCGGCCGAGGAUCCCCGGGAGCGGAGCUGGGAGAGGAAGACCCCGACGGAGGAGAGGAGGAAGAGGAGGGACGACAGUGAGCCCAGGCUCCACAUGGCGUGCGAAGACAACCUGGACGGCCAGGAGCCACCGGGGGGCGCCGACAAGUCCGACAAGGGCCAGGCCACGUUGAGCCUGGGAAUGGACCUCAACCUGGACUGGAUGACUCUGGACGACUUCCAGAAGCAUCUGAACGGGGAGGACGAGAUCCUGUCGGGUCCGCCGCUAUCGCCCAGUGAGUUGCGUGAUGCUGUGAAGAGUGGAGACUACAUGGCUGUGAAAUUGGCCCUUAAUUCCAAAGAGGACUACAAUCUGGACCAAGAGGACGUCAGCGGCAUGUCCCUGAGCAUGCUGGCCGCGGCGGGGGGGCAGGACGACAUCCUGCGGCUGCUGAUCAAGAAGGGGGUGAGGGUGAACGGGCGACAGAAGAACGGCACCACGGCGCUGAUGCACGCCGCCGAGAAGAAUUUCUUGACCACCGUUGCCAUCCUGCUGGAGGCGGGUUCCUACGUCAACGCUCAGACGCUGAGCGGGGAGACUGCGCUGAUGAGGGCGUGCAAGAGGGGGAACGCCGACGUGGUGCGCCUCCUGCUGGAGUACGGGGCCGACUGCAACGUGGUGUCCAAGAACAAGACGGUCGCCAUGUACUUCGCCAAGCUGGGCAACAACCUGAUGGUGUGCGACCUCAUCAAGGACCACACGGCCAUGCUGUCCAGCGUGGCGGAGGACACCAUCCGGGCCUACUUUGAGUCCCGCCUGGUGCUGCUGGAGCCCGUCUUCCCGCUCGCCUGCCAUCGGCUCUGCGAGGGUCCCGACUUCUCCCUGGACUUUGGCUUCAAGUCGCAGCCGCAGCCCGAGGGCUCGGGCAUCCUCCUCUUCAUCUUCCACGCCAACUUCCUGUCUGAGAUCACGGCACGGCUGUGUGGUCCCUGCAGCGUUCACGCCGUGGUUCUCAACGACAAGUUCCAGCUGCCCAUCUUCCUGGACAGUCACUUCAUCUACUCCUUCAGUCCGGUUCCAGGCAUCAACCGACUCUUCAUCCGACUGGCAGACGCCCCGGCAGCCAAGGUGAAGCUCCUCAUCUGUGCGUACAGAGUCCAGCUGCAGUGAAACGCACUGAUGAACACACACACACACACACACACUCUGAAGAGGGAGGAAGAAGCCUGGUGUGUGGAGUCCGGUCCGGGUCUUGUUUGCUGCGUGAAUCCGGAGGACAAGGAGACGUCGAUCUGAACUUCCUCACAGUGACCAUGUACCUCCAGGAUCUCCAGAACCCCCCCCCCCCCCCCCCCCCAGAACUUUCCUCCCUCCCUCAGUGUGGAUGAAAUGAAGUUUCUCUGGAUUAUUUUCCUAUUUUUAACAUCAUUAUUUUCUCUGACCCCGGUGAUGCCCCCCCCCCUUUUGUUGUUGUUGACACUUUAUGACAGACUUAUUUCAGCAUCAACUCCCUGGUGCUCCUUCACCUCCUGCUUGUUGCUCCUGACCUUCACGUCACUGAAGAGGUCCAUUUUGCUUUUUAUCUUCCCAAUGCAGAGUUGCUGUUUAUAUUUUCUGACCUGUAAAUAUUCACAUAUAUAGACAUAUAUACGGGAGUACGUUUUUUUGGAUGGGGGGUUGAGAUAUUUGUGGGAAUGUUUAAGGGCUAGACGUGUGUCGGGGGGCUCUCUGCGGACAAUCUUGUUUGUGAAAGCAAAUGCAAAUACUGGUUUUUAAUUAUUGAGAUUAUCCUCCAAAUAAACAUCUUCACAUUGA